CUUGGUGGUAGAGAUGCCACUCUCGCCUCCUUUUGGAUAGAGCACUGAAGAAAGCUGUAGCCACCUUAAGGAGCUUUGCCCCAGUCCCAGAAGAUGCUGGGGACAAUGAAAUAAGAAUUCCUCCAGUUAGCUUUGAAGCCACCAUGUUGACGAGGCUGUUCAGCGAGCCCAGCCUGCUCCCCGACGUGCAGAAAUUCCCCGGCUGGGCGGAGGAGUGCGAGGAGGAUGAGCGGAGCGACAAGGAAGAGCGGAGCGGCAAGACGUGCCCGCUGCAGGAGGAGCCGCGGGAAGGCUCCCUGGGCGAAAGCAAGGAGGAAGGGGACCUAGGCGGGGACGAGGAGGAGGAGGACGAGGAGGAGGAGGAAGGGGCGGAGGAGGCCGAGGGGGACCGGCCCAAGAAGCGCGGCCCGAAGAAGAGGAAAAUGACCAAAGCGCGGCUGGAGCGCUCCAAGCUGCGGCGCCAGAAGGCCAACGCGCGGGAGCGCAACCGCAUGCACGAUCUGAACGCGGCGCUGGACAACCUGCGCAAGGUGGUGCCCUGCUACUCCAAGACCCAGAAACUCUCCAAGAUCGAGACGCUGCGGCUGGCCAAGAACUACAUCUGGGCGCUGUCCGAGAUCCUGCGCUCGGGCAAGCGGCCGGACCUGGUCAGCUACGUGCAGACUUUGUGCAAGGGCCUGUCCCAGCCCACCACCAACCUGGUGGCCGGCUGCCUCCAGCUGAACUCCCGGAACUUCCUCACGGAGCAAGGCCAGGAGGCGGCGAGGUACCACGGCCCCAACUCGUCCUUUGCCCUGCACCCCUACAGCUACCCGUGCUCGCGGCUCUCCGGCACGCCGUGCCCGCCCGGCCCCAUGGGCAGCUCCCACGCCUUGCGGACACAUGCCUACUGCGCCAGCUACGAGACCCUCUAUGGGAACGCGUCCCCCGACUACAACAGCUCGGAGUACGACGCCCCCCUGAGCCCCCCACUGUGUAUCAAUGGCAACUUUUCCCUCAAGCAAGACUCUUCCCCGGACCACGAGAAAAACUAUCACUAUUCUAUGCAUUACUCCGCCCUGCCAAGCUCCCGGCCGGCCGGCCACAACUUGGUGUUCGGCUCCUCCGGGGUGCGCGGCGGGGUGCACUCCGAGAACAUCCUGCCUUACGACAUGCACCUGCACCACGACAGAGGCCCCAUGUACGAAGAGCUCAACGCGUUUUUCCAUAAUUAACCCCCUUGUGACCACUGAAAUGUCCUCCCCCCCCCCACGACUGCACAUAGCAACCCCCCCCAACCCACUUCCAUUCUGCUCUAGGGUUUAAAUGUCUCCUCCGCCCCAAAACUGUGACCGUACAAUUGUUAGGUGUCUCCCCGUCACACACACAC